GGACUUUCUUUGUUAUCCUAUCUUAAAUUUGCUAUCUACCCAAUUACAAUACACAAUCGAGACUCCGUCAAAUUGUCUGAUGAGAUCUGAGUGAUGACCAUCAACGAUUUACUCGAAAAAUAAGAAUGAUGCAUUAGACUUUCGGCACAAAGGCAAAGGUAGGAUUUCCUCGAGACACAUUGUUCAACGACGACAUCUCCUCUCAAGGAAAGGUCUGCAAGCACGGCUACAAGCUUUAUUGACAACGAAAGACUACCUUCGCUGAUUUAUGGUUGAUAUAAUAUCUACCUGAAGCCUUCACUUCGUUCUCUUGUCAACAUGGGCGGCAUCUUGUCAAGCCUGCGGGCCACGUCCUCAAACGGCGACCUCAUAGCAGAGCAGUCAUUCUUCCACCCCACCAAACGACAAGACAUCACGAAACGCAAUGUCCUUGAGCGGUUUGAGAGUGCAGCAUUCCGGGACCUCAUUGCAGAACGAUUAUCGAUCGCUGUCAAGAUCCCAACAGUCACGUAUGAUGAGAUGGGUCGUGUUGGAGAGGAUCCACGAUGGGAUGUAUUCUAUGAGUUCUCGAAGUAUUUGAAGAAAACUUUCCCCAAAGUGUAUGAGAACCUAGAUAUCACGACGAUCAACCAGCAUGCCUUUCUGUAUACAUGGAAAGGUUCGGAUAAUUCCCUAAAACCUUUAGUGUUCAUGGCACAUUCAGAUGUCGUUCCAGCAUCAGACUCUACUUCGGACAGAUGGACUCAUCCACCCUUUUCAGGCCACUAUGAUGGGAAGUUCAUCUGGGGUCGAGGAUCAGCAGACGACAAAUGCAACGUCAUCGCCAAACUCUCAGCGUUCGAAGCACUACUGGAAGUCGAUUUCAAGCCUAGCAGAACCGUUAUUCUGGCUCUGGGAUUUGACGAAGAAGGUGGAGCGGAGGGCGGCUAUGGUGCUCGAUGUCUGGCAGAUCGUUUGCUACAAGUCUAUGGAGAGAAUGGAGUUGAGAUGAUUCUCGAUGAAGGGAAUGUCGCCAUCAGGAAUCAGUGGGGUACUAGUUUCGCUACGCCUGGUUCUGCAGAAAAGGGCUACGUUGAUAUAUCUGUGACCAUCGACGUGGACGGCGGGCAUUCUUCCACACCUCCAGAUCAUACAAGCAUCGGUUAUCUCGCACAAGUGAUCCAGAAAAUUGAGGAAAAUCAAUUCCCUUCCCGCCUUACGAGCAAGAAUCCCACUAAAGCCUUUCUUCAAACAGCAGCUCACCACGCCAAAACCAUGGACAAGAACUUACGAGACGCUAUUCUAGAUCCCAAGUCCGUUGACAAGGUAAUUGUGUACCUCAAUAGUGACUUUCAGACGAGAGCCUUGGUCCGGACUUCAACGGCCGUGGACGUGAUUGAAGGAGGAGUUAAAUCAAACGCAUUACCCGAAACAGCAACAGUCCUCGUCAACCACCGCAUAGCCGUCGAAGAAUCCGUCCAAACGGUAAAAGACCACUACUCACUAAUCCUAACCCCACUAGCCAAGAAAUGGGGCCUCUCAUCCCAGAACAACCCCGAGAACGAAAAGCAGUCCACAGACACACUAGCUUGGAAAUCAGACAAAAUGAAGAUCUCGGUCACCCCACACAGCUCGCUAGAACCCUCGCCAGUUUCUGAUAUCAAGGACGAGAGAUUCUCGUGGCUAGCUGGUACAUUGAGAGGCGUGUUUGGUGAAGAUGUCGUUGUUGCUCCUAUACUCGGCGUCGGAAACACGGACACGAAGUUCUACUGGAAACUUACGCCUCAGAUCUAUAGGAUUAAUCCAUAUUCGGAGAAGUGGGAUCCGAGGGAGUUGAUGAUCCAUACAGUGGAUGAACGGAUGCCUAUUGAGGGGAUGCUGGAGUCGAUCAAGUUUUAUCAUGAGUUUAUUCGAGUUGUUGAUGAGAGGAGGUUAUGAUUUUCCGCUUCGCAAAUCUUAGGUACCAUGUACACUACUUGCUCG